GCAGCUGCUCUGGGAAGGGAUGCUCCUUCCCCAAUCCUCUCCAGGGAGGAGGGCGGGGCCUAGUUACUAUUGAAGCACCGCCCUAGGACCAGGGCCAGCCUUGGCAGGGGGAAGGCAAGGCUGUCCACCACACCUCUUCUGGCCCCGGAGCGGGCUGCACCAGCGGAGCAAGUAGCGGCGGCGCUGGCCAGUACUAGAGGACUGAGUGGGAGAAAGGAACCGCAGAAGAGAUUUUCUUAUGAUGAUAUACUCAUAAUGCUCGAGUGAAGGAGAUAUUAGCAUACCUCUAUUUCUGAACAUGCUGUCACUUUGAGGGAUGAAAGGCGGGAGGCCAGAAAAUAGUCUUGCUAAAAUCCUGUCCUUGGAAAUGGCUUCCUUAAGUGGCAAAGUGCAGACAGUUUUAGGUCUUGUGGAACCAAGUCAACUUGGCCAGACCUUAACCCAUGAACACUUGACCAUGACCUUUGACUGCUGCUAUACCCCUCCUUGGUCAGGCCAAGAAGCUUUGUCUAAGGGAUCCUUUGAGAUGAAGAACUUGUUUUGGAUUCAAAAUAACCCCUAUUCCCACAAGGAGAACCUUCGACUAAAUCAAGAGACUGAAGCCAUCAAGGAGGAGCUCUUAUAUUACAAGGCCAGUGGUGGUGGGGCUUUAGUAGAAAACACAACCUCUGGAAUUAGUCGUAAUGUGAAGACCUUGAAGUGGUUUGCAGAAGAGACUGGAGUCCAUAUCAUUUCUGGGGCUGGAUUUUAUGUGGAUGGAACACAUUCUCCAGAGACCCGUGCCAUGUCAAUAGAACAGCUUACAGAGAUUAUUACUAAUGAAAUACUACAUGGAGCUGAUGGGACCGACAUCAAAUGCGGAGUUAUUGGAGAAAUUGGCUGUUCCUGGCCUCUCACCGAAAGUGAGAAUAAGGUACUUCAGGCAACAGCCCAUGCACAGUCUCAGCUUGGAUGCCCAGUUAUUGUCCACCCUGGGAGGAAUCCAAACUCACCCUUUCAGAUUAUACGAAUCUUGCAAGAAGCUGGGGCAGACGUCUCCAAGACGGUCAUGUCUCACCUUGACAGGACAAUAUUUGAUAAAAAGGAGCUAUUAGAAUUUGCCAGACUUGGAUGUUACUUAGAAUAUGACCUCUUUGGUACAGUCCUCCUCCACUACCAACUGGAGCCAGAUAUUGACAUGCCUGAUGACAACAAGAGAAUAAAAAGGAUCCAUCUUGUCAUCUGCAGAUGAAAAAAUCACCACAUAAAGACAAUUACAGUCAACUCCUGAUUAUUUACCAAGUGGUUAUAAAGCUAUUGAAAAAGCAACAUGGUAUGGUGAAGAACAUAGUAGAUUUGUGUUUAAGAAUACCUCGGUUCAAAUUCUACCACAGACAUUUAUAAGGUGUGUGACAUAUGGAAAAUCAUUUUGUUUCUCAGUUCUUCAGUUGUAAAUUGGAUGGUGGGGGUAAUGUUAUCCCAUACUCAUCAAGUUGUUGUGAGGAUGAAAACAUCACAUAUAUAAAGUUCAUUGCAAACCCUAUGGUACUAUAUAAAUGUGAAGUAUACCAUUUGUGUAGUAUACUAAUUUAGAUGUUCAUCUCUGUUGCUCCUCCUGUCCUGAUUGAUUACUAUUCUUAUCUAUUUCAUUGCCCAAUCACCCCUCUACUAAUGGGGUGAAGAGACAACACAAGAGGAUUAAGCUCACAUCACUCACUUUGCCAGUGAUGACUCUGGUCUAGGAAGGAAGAGGAUGAACAUUUAAAGCUAUGGACUAGAAUAAUUAAGGAAGUAUCUGAGCAUUCCUUUUUCUAAUGAUCUGCCAUUCCCAUUGCCAUGGAUGAUUCUGAAAUGACCACACAUAUAAAAUGUAAGUAAUGCUAGAUAUUCAAUUACUAAGAAGCAUUACUAUAUCUUGGUCAGAGUUGUAUUGUAGUUAUGGUAUGUGGAAAACAGUGAUGAUGAAAGGUAAUAAAUAACCAGAGAAGGUACCUUUGGCAGUGGUGUUAAGGGCAUCAAAAUGUCCAAAUUUAUGGGGGGGGGAGGCAUUUGCUAUUCCUCAGUUGCUGAAUGAUAUUUGUCUGAAGCCCAAUUUCUUCCCCAACCCAUUCAGGAAGGUGCCACUUUGUACUAUCAUCAGAGAAAUGAUCAAAGUGUUGGUAAUGCAUCCCCAAAGCUAAAUUAUCCCAAGCCAUAUCUCCAACUAUACUUUCAAAUCUUAAAACAUGUUAUCAAUUGAUUAAUAAGCAUUUCAGCAUCUACUGUGUGCCAGGUACUAUUCUAGGUCCUGGGGAUACAAGUACAAAGAAUGAAACCAUCCCUGCUUGCAAUAAGUUUAAUUAUAUUUUUCUUGGAGGAAAUAGCAAAUACAUAUAAAAUAUAUGCAACAUAAAUAGAAAGUGCCUAAAUACCAAUAUAUACAUGAAGCCAUUAAAUAUGAGGGAGUUUAAGGGAUAAUAGAAUUUUCAAAGAUCAAGAAAGGCUUUGUAUAGAAAAUGGUUACUAAACUGAAUCUUUGAGGAAGAAAGGGAAUCUAUGAGGCAUACAAAAUAGCCCAACUAACACUUUGUAAGGGCUUGUUCUAGGUAUAAAGCUUCGUUCUAGGUACUGAAGGAAAUACACACUUUAAGGCAAGACAUAAUUUCUGACCUCAAGGAGCUAAUAAGGGAAUAUGAGAGCAACACAAAUAGUUACAAUAAAUAAAAUGUCAUGGUUCCAUUUGAUUGCAAGCUCCUCCAGGGCAGAGACUGUGUUUUUUCUCUUUUUGUAUCCUCAGCACUUAGUUCAGUAUCUGGCAUACUUCAGAUGCUGAAUCGAUGUUCAUUAAACAAGGGAUAUUAAAUAUAUCAGAACAUUACAAAACAGGCUCUUGAUCUCCGAAGAGGUAGAUCGUUACAAACCAGGGGAGGUAAGGCAUCCGUGGAGGAGGAGGUCUUUGAAUCUCACUGUAAGAUAUGGGGAGCAAUUCAAGAAGAAAUAAAAAGGUCAAGGAGCAUUUGAAGUUCAUGAAUAGCCUGAAUCAACGUGUGGAGGCAUGAGUUCACAGUGCACAUUUGGAGGACACAUCUAGUGUUAUAUGAAGGGGACUAACAGUAGGGAAGGUUGAAGGUUAGAAUGGUAUUGGGUUGUGAAGGGUACCAAAUAAGGUUUGGGAGUUUGAGCUUUACUCAACAGCCAACAGUGGGCAAUUAAGAAGAUUCAUCUUCUUGAGUUCAAAUCUGGUCUCAGAUACUUCCUAGUUGUGUGACACUGGGCAAGUCUCUGCACAAUUUGCCCAGUUUCAUCAUCUGUAAAAUGAGCUGGAGAAAGAAAUGGCAAACCACUCCAGUAACUUUGCCAAAAAAUCCCCAAUUGGGCUCAAAAGGAGCCAGACACUAAUGGACAGCUAAGUGGUACAGUGGAUAGAGUACUGGGCUUGGAAUCUGGAAAACAUCUUUCUGAGUUCAAAUCUUGCCUCAGAUACUUACUAGCCAUGUGACCCUGGGUAAGUCAUUUAACCCUCUUGGCCUCAGUUUCCUUAUCUGUAGAAAGAGCUUGAGAAAGGAAUGACAAACUACUCCAGUAUCUUUGUCAAAAACAAAAACAAAACCAAAAUCACAAAUGAGUUCACAAAGAAUCAGAUACAAACAUUGAUAGUCAACAGAGACUCAGUGAAAUAAAAGAGGAUUUCAGGUGGAUCUUGGUUAGAGUUAAGCAUUGUUUAAAAUGACCCAUCUACAUCUCUCUAAAAAUUAAUUCUGAACAUUCUACUGAAUAGACCGUUAAUGCCUCUAUCUGCUUUUCAUUAUUCUUCCAAACCUGGUGCCACUCUAACUUCUAGCCUUAAUUCCCAUAUCAUGCCUCUCCAUAUAUCCUAUGCUUCAAACAAACUGGAUGAAUCUUCCAAAUACACCCUAGGCUUUCAUACGUCCACCUCUCUGCCUAGCUUAUUAUCCAUGCUUGAAAUGUGUGUGUCCUCUCUCAAGUCCCUAUUCAUCUUUUAAAAACCCACUGAAAUACCACUAUGUUGUUAUAGGGACAUAAAAACUGGAAUCAAUACCCUGUUAACUCCACAUUGUUGUCUUUCCAUGACUGUUAUCAACUACAUUUAUUUUUAUUAACUAUCUGAAAGUCUAGGAAGAAGUAAGAGCAAAGUGGGCAGAAUAAAGUGUAAGCUGAAGGAAAAUCUGAAGGAAGAAAUGAGCAGGAGGGAUAAAAUUCAGAAACUUCAAAAGGAUUAAACUACUUCUUUAAACCGGUGCAAACUCCUCUAGCAAAAAUAGCAGGACAAAAACUACUUCUGUGUCAUCUCUAUCAAACUGACCAAGACAUUAAAAUUUAAACAAUGAAGAAUUGAAACUCAAAAUAGGGCAAUAAAAAUGGUCCUAUGAUGAAACUUUAUUAACUAAGGGUCGGAUACGCUACAUGCAGUCCCUUAUUUGAAAGGUGGGAGUCUGUAGAGUCUGUACUCCAUUCCCCCCAUCUGUAAUACAUGCCUUCCUCAACUUGGUCAUUUAGAAUCAUUAGCUUUCUGCAAAGCAUACCUCAAGUGCCAGAUAGAGCAGGAAACUGUUCCUGACUCCCUAUUUAUUUGCAUCCUCUCCCUUUUGAAAUUAUUUUGCAUUACUUGACAUAUACCUAAUAUUUGCUUACUAAUACAAUGUAAUGCAACUAAUGUAAAUUUGUUCAGUAGAAUAUAAGCUCCUUGAGGACAGGGACCACUUUGUUUUUGUCUUUAAAUCCCUGGCACUUAGCAGAGUGCUUUGCAAAUAAUAGACAAUUAAUAAAUGUAUGACAAAUUCAAAUAAAAUUAACUAAGGUUGACUCUUUCCCCAACCAGUGUUUUUUAAAUUAAAUAUUCUUCUUUACUAAUAACUUUAAAGAUAUGUUUUUAAUGCUGUAUAUUUGUGGGACUGGAAAGGGAGAGAGUAAUUCUCCUUCAGAUAUUUAGGUAAAUUCUCAAGAAUUUUUGUCUAGGGGGGAAAACUCCACAUUGCCCACCAACACCAGCAUGUCUCCUUGGAUUUCUGGAGCAAGUUGACUAAAUAAACUAUAUCUUCCAUUAUC